AUGAAUUCGUCUACGGAAGGGCCAAAUCCGCUGAGGCCGUACUAUGUCCCGCCUCCCAUUGGACUCCCUGAUAGCCAGGCCACAUCCAAGGUCGUUUCGAGCGCGGCGGCGGAGAAUAUAAGCAGCUUCGGGACCUCUGCUCGCGAUAUACUGUCUGACUUUGACUAUGCGGAUUAUCUUGGAGAGUCCUCGCCGUCGAUCGCAGACUCCAUCAAGCAGCUGCUCGAGAACGCAGCAUGGCGGUACUCGCGGGUGUUGAUAUCCCAGCCAUUCGAGGUUGCAAAGACGAUACUCCAGGUAUACGUUGCGGAGGAUGCAGCUGCUGAAGCGGAGGAGGAGAGGAGAAGGCUGGAAAGACAUCGGAUGGAACACUAUGAAGAAGAGGUCUCAUACGGCUCUGAUGACGAAAAUAACUACUUCACAUCAAGUGCGACUGCACCUCCUCCUUCGUCGAGGAAUUACGAGAGAAGCUCCCAGCGGAUAACUGAACGGGGUGGCUACAUUCCACAGGGCGUGCAGCCGAAGUACAUGCUGAAAAUCAAGGACUCUUCGUCUAUGCUGGACGUCCUAUCUCAGCUUUGGGCAACUAGCGGACCUACAUCUAUAUGGAAAGCGUCCAAUACUACGUUUAUAUACUCCAUACUCCUGCCAACACUAAACACCUUUGUACGAAGUCUGCUAUCUGCGAUAUUGGGCUAUCCUGAAGAUUCCUUCUCCUCCUUUCCGGCUGGCGAUAUUAUCACAUCGUCUGCCCCAGGCACAGCUUUGGUUCUGUCCUGUCUCUCCUCGGCUCUUUCGGCCAUCAUACUAUCCCCCAUCGACACAGCACGCACAUACCUGAUCCUCACACCACACGGCCAUGGCCCUCGUUCUCUACUUCAUUCAACCCGGCUACUUCCAAGCCCGAGCUACAUGAUCUCCCCACAUCUCCUACCCAUCACUAUUCUCACCUCAACGUUACCAAACUUGAUCGCCACCAGCACUCCCCUUUUUCUCAAGUCAUAUCUAUCUCUUGACCCGGUACUAAACCCGUCCACCUGGAGUCUCUUCAGUCUCAUGGCCCAGGGCCUCGAGUUAACCGUACGGGUCCCUCUCGAAACUGUUCUCAGACGAGCACAGAUAGCAACAUUUACAUCUCCUGCCCUCCGACAGCUUAGUUCAACACACACACCGCCAGCUAUCCAGUCACCGACCUCCGAGAGAUCUUCAAGCGUAUCAGCAGGACCUAACUCCAAUACCCCUCUACCGACCAUUGUCCCUGCUCCUCAGAUCUACCGAGGAAUUGUCGGGACAAUGUGGAGUAUUAUUUAUGAAGAAGGCACAAAUCCAAACCCCACCGAGCUAGACCACGCAGAGGAAGCAAUUGGGCAUACUCUUCAGGUAAACAGGAAUGCGAGACGACAAAUGCAGAAACGUCGCAAGGGCCAAGGCCUACAAGGCCUGUAUAGGAGCUGGAGGUUGGAGAUGUGGGGUAUAGUUGGCAUAUGGGGAUCAGGAUUUUUAGGAGCCUUGAUGAGUGGUGGAGAUGAUGAAAUCGUCUCGGACUCGAUGGGAAGGAUGGCUCUAGGGUCAACCGGUAGCCAUGUAGGGACAGGGAAGGGUGCAUUUUAA